CGUGAAUGUCUUGGCAAAUUGCCCCAUAGUUCAUCUCUUUUUUGGACGAAUGACAAGCCGCCGGUCGCGAUUCGCGUUCUCCAGUUAAUCUUGGAACCCAUUUACAACCAUUUACUUGUUAACAAGUUGUUGACCAAAUUCCACCAACCAAAAUCCAAUAACUAUCUCCGCGACGACGCCCAACAUUCUAUCAUAGACUCUUGCUGCAAAAAAAAGAAGCCUAACCUAUCACAUUUCCACCUCCGCAAACCCACGAUCUGGCCGUCCCACUAUACGCACUAUACGCAUUAUCCAGCAACGCGCAGCCGCUGGGCUGCUUUUUAGCGAUCUGCUCCCUGCAUUCACACGACUCCACCGCCGCCGUCCGGUGUUAGGUGCUUCACCUUCAACGGGAGCUACGGAUUUCGUUUUCGCGGCCGUUCCCGUGUAAUAAAGGGGAGGAUGAUAAGCUUAGAAAGACCAAUAUUAGAUUAGGACCUUUUAAAACUAUAAGGCUGGAUAGGUUAUCUGCUUGCGACUUUCGAAAUCAGUGAGGGGCUUCAAAAGUUAUUUGUGACGCGCGCGAGGUCUACGCCCAAAGUCCCCACUAAAGACCAUCGCCGCGCGCCCCUAUCUAUCGGAUGCCUCGACUCUAUUUUAUACUUGGUGAAUAGCUGUAGUGGAUAGGAGAGUAUCUCCUUCAUCUAGCAACCAUGGCUCCCGCCGGUGGAGGAAAUAUUAAGGUGGUGGUGAGAUGUCGGCCUUUCAACAGUAGAGAAAUUGACCGUGGGUCAAAAUGCAUUGUUGAAAUGAAAGGCAACCAAACGGUCCUGACACCACCCGCCGAUGCUGCUCAUGGCCCUAAGGGAUCUAAAGACAAUUCAGUGAAGACUUUCGCCUUUGACAAAUCGUAUUGGUCUUUUAAUAAGAAUGAUCCUAACUACGCUGGCCAAGAAAGCUUACAUAGUGAUCUUGGAAAACCACUUUUGGACAAUGCGUUUCAAGGAUACAACAAUUGUAUCUUUGCUUAUGGACAGACGGGUUCGGGUAAGUCAUAUUCCAUGAUGGGAUAUGGCAAAGAAGCCGGUAUCAUACCUCACAUUUGCCAGGAUAUGUUUAGGAGAAUUGAAGAACUACAGAAAGACAAGACGACACGGUGUACUGUAGAAGUGUCGUAUCUCGAGAUUUACAAUGAAAGGGUACGGGAUUUAUUAAAUCCUGCCACCAAGGGCAAUUUGAAGGUCCGAGAACACCCGUCGACUGGCCCUUACGUGGAGGAUCUCGCCAAAUUGGUCGUCAGCAGCUUUCAAGAGAUCGAAAACCUUAUGGACGAAGGCAACAAGGCAAGAACAGUCGCCGCGACAAACAUGAACGAAACAUCCAGUAGGAGUCACGCCGUAUUUACCCUCAUGCUCACGCAGAAGAAGUACGAUGCGGAGACGAAGAUGGAGAUGGAGAAGCAGGCGAAAAUUAGCUUGGUCGAUCUAGCUGGUUCAGAAAGAGCAACAUCAACCGGUGCUACCGGUGCUCGACUAAAAGAAGGUGCUGAAAUCAAUAGGUCCCUCUCGACGCUUGGCCGUGUGAUAGCAGCAUUGGCUGACCUCUCAACCGGGAAAAAGAAGAAAGGACCGGGAGGAACCGUUCCUUAUCGAGACAGUGUUUUGACGUGGCUUCUGAAAGACUCACUUGGUGGAAACAGUAUGACUGCUAUGAUUGCAGCAAUCAGCCCAGCUGACAUCAACUACGAUGAAACUUUAAGUACUCUACGAUAUGCCGACUCCGCGAAGCGAAUCAAGAACCACGCUGUCGUCAACGAAGAUGCGAAUGCUCGCAUGAUAAGAGAACUGAAAGAAGAGUUAGCAGUACUGCGGAGCAAGCUGGGAGGCGGUGGCGGUGGCGGCACUGGCGGCUUAGCUGUACCCCCAGAGGAGGUCUACGCUGAAGGGACACCUCUAGAGAAGCAGAUUGUCAGCAUUACCCAGGCAGAUGGCUCCGUCAAGAAGGUAUCAAAGGCAGAAAUUGCUGAGCAGCUGAGCCAGAGCGAGAAGUUGUUGACUGAUCUUAACCAAACCUGGGAGGAAAAACUUCAGAAGACGGAAGAGAUCCACAAAGAGCGAGAAGCUGCCCUCGAAGAACUUGGUAUCAGUAUUGAAAAAGGGUUUGUGGGGUUGCACACACCCAAGAAGAUGCCUCACUUGGUCAAUUUAUCUGAUGAUCCUCUCCUUGCGGAGUGUUUGGUCUACAACCUUAAGCCGGGCAGGACAACAGUAGGAAAUGUGGAAUCGAACUCAGAGCACCAAGCAAAUAUCCGCCUCAACGGCACUCGAAUUCUUCACGACCACUGUUACUUCGAUAAUGCUUCAGACGGUACUGUGACAAUAACGCCGAACGAAGGCGCGUCUAUCAUGGUCAACGGGAAACGCAUUUCAGGGACAACAAGAUUACACUCUGGUUAUCGUGUUAUUUUGGGUGACUUUCAUAUAUUCAGAUUCAAUCAUCCUAUGGAGGCACGGGCGGAGAGAGACGAGAACCGGCAAAGUCUACUGCGCCAGUCUGUCACCGUAAGCCAGUUGCGCGAGUUAGAACGGACAUCCCCAUCCCCUCUGCUAGGUCACGAGCGAUCCGUAAGCAAAGCUGGUUCCGAGUUACCUGACAGCCGUCCGGACUCACCCGCUCCGUCUCGAAGCGAGAGGGAUGCAGAUUGGUCAUUUGCACGACGAGAAGCCGCUGGUGCCAUACUCGGAACAGAUAAGAACCUUCAAAGUUUGUCGGACGAGGAGCUUAAUGCGUUGUUCGAAGACGUGCAGCGGGCUCGAGCUGAGCGUGUCAAUGACCGUGAAGGCGAUGACGAUUUAGAAUCCAACACAUCUUAUCCUAUCAGAGAAAAGUAUAUGUCGACUGGUACUAUUGACAAUCUCUCGUUGGAUACGGCGCUUACAAUGCCGUCUACUCCAAAGGCCGGCGAAGGAGACGAUCGUCUUAAGGAAAUGCGAGAUACCAUGCAAACCCAAUUAGAGAAGCAAAAGGAGGAAUACCAAGGGCAGCUUAAGAGCGCCGGAAUAGCUAACGUUGAGGUGGAAGAGAUUAAAAAAGAGAAGGCCAGAAUGGAAGAAACUCUCGUCAAACUAAAAGCAGAUAUGCAAAAGCAAUUGGAGACCCAAAAGCAAGAGUUUGAGGCUAAGAUUGAGAAGCUGGACCCGUUGAAAAGACCUAAGGCAAAAUCGAAAUUAUCCGAAGAGGAGAUUGAAAGGGCUAAGAAGGCUAUUGCGCAUUGGAGAGGCCGACAUUACGUACAGAUGGCUGAAGCUGUCCUGCAGCAUGCAACUACCUUGAAGGAGGCGCAGAUCAUGAGCGAGGAGUUGGGAGAGAACGUUGUCUUCCAAUUCACCGUUGUGGAUAUUGGUCACGCACGCUGUUCUUCCUACGAUAUGGUCCUGAAUGACGUCCCAAGCGAGGGAGAAGAUCCAGCUCUCGACGAAGCUCAAAAACCGUGUGUAGGGGUCCGCGUGGUCGACUACAAGAACACCGUCGUUCAUCUGUGGAGCUUAGAAAAGCUUCACGACCGAGUGCGGCAAAUGCGACAGAUGCACCAAUAUCUCGACCAGCCGGAGUACUCUCAACAUUUUAAGCUAGACAAUCCCUUUGUCGAGACCUGCAUGCCUGAAUAUUCUCUCGUUGGCGAGGUUGACGUUCCCCUCCGAGCUGUCUUUGAUAGCCGGGUCCAAGAUUUUGCUUUGGACGUCUUAUCGCCUCAUACUUCUCAUGCCAUUGGGAUUAUUAAAGUAUCCUUAGAGCCUUCUAGCGCCCGAGCUCCGUCAAGUACUCUGAAGUACAAUGUUGUUAUGCACGACAUGAUUGGUUUUGCCGAGCGAGAGGGAACUGACGUACAUGCGCAGCUGUUCAUCCCUGGUGUUUCGGAUAGUGUCACUACAACUCAGAUGAUCAAAGAUUUCGAUGAAGGUCCGAUACGAUUUGAUAGUGUCCAUAGUAUGAGCGUUCCAUUGUUUGGGUCUCGAGACGUCAACCUUAGGAUUGCUAUAUUCGCUAAGGUUUCUACGAUGCAUCUUGACAAAUUGUUGAGUUGGGAUGAGAUGCGUGAUGCGACUCCAAAUUCUGACCGUAAUUCUCCAGGCGCGCGAAUCAACGAAACACAGUUUUACACCGAGGAGAAGCACGAUAUACUUGCCCGGAUCCAGAUCCUCGAACUUAACGAAAACGGGGAGUAUGUCCCUGUAGAGGUCACACAGACAAGCGAGCUUGAUACUGGCACUUUUCAACUACACCAAGGCCUUCAAAGACGAGUAGCGAUCAACCUCACACAUAGUUCAGGAGAUACGCUACCUUGGGAGGACAUUAUAUCGGUUCGCGUCGGUAAGAUUCAGCUUGUUGACCACGCUGGUAAAAAUCCUGAUAUGGGGUCGGCUACUCCCGACAUCCCAUUGAGAUUAAGCGCAACCCCAUAUCGCCGCCAGAAUGCAAAUGGCACUCGAAGCAUGGCUAUUACAGGACAGUGGGAUUCAAGCUUACACAAUUCUCUGCUACUCGAUCGCACCACUGCAGACAAAUACAAAGUGCAGAUGACCCUGUCCUGGGAUAUAACCGCUGACAAUCUCGCCGAGCCGAUGAAAUUCUCAACGAAUGUAUAUUGCCAGAUUCUAGGCAGGACAUUCGUCCGACAGAGUUCGAUGUUAUCGUCCCUGUUCCAGCAUGUUAGGAUCGUACACUCUUCUACAGCCAUCUUCACUUUGAGCAUGCGACCUGCGCCUAUCAAGCGGGUUGGUGAUUUAUGGAGAAUGAACAGUUUGCAUAGCUAUGUCAAGGGCGAAGAGAACUUGAACAACUGGGGACCAAGGGGCGUCUCAUUAAUAGCGGACUACAUCACGGCACGAAAGAAAAAGAGACGGAUUACCGAAAUUGCGGCUGCCCAGCUGUUCCUUAAGAAGAUUGGCCUACCUGAACCUAAGAACAAGCCUGCUGAAGAGGACAAUUUCGACAACGACAUAUCCCCGGAACUUAAUGCCCGUGAUGAUGAUCAAGAUUCGAUUGACGCACUUCUUAAUGAUACCCCGGAUACAUCGCGGCCAUCCACGCCGAAGCAGCCAGAAUCAGUGGAGGGCGAAAAGGUAGAACAACCCGAGCAGCCAUCUGAGCAGCCCUCUGAGCAGCCUCCAGAACCUGAAGAAUCUCAAGAACCGGAGUAUAACGAGCAUGAAGCCCUUAUCCUUAACAAAUGUCUAAAACUUUGGUUGCGCCAUCCAGAUCCUAUGGCACGCAUCCUUGGCCCAGCAAAUACAACACCCCCCUCGGAUGGCGUCGCGCCUGAAUCUGUGGAACCGCCCAGGUUGAUCUCGACCAUCAUCCGAGUCCCGAAGAACCCAAAAGUCUCAAAAGGAGGCUAUCUUCUAGUCCCUAAUAAUGACUACAGCAAAUGGGUGAAGAGAUUCGUGGAAAUUCGAAAGCCUUAUCUCCAUAUCCAUAACGCUAGUAAUGGCGACGAAAUGGCGAUAGUCAGUCUUCGCAAUUCCAGGGUUGAUAGCCAGCCAGAGAUUUUGUCGUUAUUUGGUGGCCACGACGACGAACCAGAUGGUUUAACCCCAACAAAUGGCAAUACCCAAGGGAACUUUCAGCCGGGCCAUCAGAGGACACCGUCAGGUCGGACCAUCUCAACAGUUUGGUCUGGAAAUUCCAAGUCUUCGGGACCUAGUCUUGGCGGCUUAAGCGAACGCCUGCAGGCGGGCGUUUUUGCUGUUUACGGAACAGACAAUACGUGGCUGUUUGCAGCUCGUAGUGAGCGCGAAAAGCUUGACUGGAUCUUUCGCAUCGACCAAAGCUACUAUUCCGGCAGCGCAAGCGUGAGCGUGAGCGGUAGCGGUGCAGUGAGCCCGCAACCAAGAAAUUACACCAUGGACGCUAAUUGAGACAUCUAAUACCUCAUUAUAAAUAAAUCAAAGCGGCUAGCUAGUCUGGUUCGUUUAGGAAGCUAUGAGUUACGACUGCCUUCAGGCAUCAUUAUGAAAGCAUAUAUUGGUUGGGAUACUUGAGGACAGAUGGCGUUGCUCUUUCCUUUUGCUUUAGAAUACCCUCUGUCGCAUCUCCGGACAGAGAAAAACUCUGUAUUAUCUAGAUUAUACCCUCAGAAUUUUCGAAUUCGUAGGAAAGGGCCCAAAAAAGCAAGUGAGCAUGCGCGCGGUUGUUAGGACGGGCAGAAAGGAGCGGAGCGAAUUCUUUUUUUUUUCCCUUUUGUUGUAACAUCGAAAUUUCCAUUCUGUGAUCGAUAGGAGGAGGGAUAUGGUACUGAUACCAUCAGGGCAGGCCGUUCGUAAUUGGAUCGGAAGGAAGUCAUAUUUUAUAUGCUUUGCCGUAGCAGAGAGAAGUCGAAAUUUUUAGGUGUACGGCGCACCUCCCCCCCUCCCCCCCUUUUUUUUUUCUCCAAGUAGUAGAUAUUGCUAUAUAAAACUAACAGGAUACAAGGAGCUUGUGCUCCGGUGGAAUACUACCAUACGAAAGUAUAUUAGAGUGCAUAGACACGUUUAUAGCUAAUACAUGCAUAAUAUAUA